GCGUUAGUCUACAGCGACAGGAUCGGGUCGCACCGCCGUCACGUCACACCCGCACCCCUCAAGAAAUCUUCCAGUGCUGCAGUCAAUUCAGAUCUCCCCUCUCACAAAUUCCCGAACCAUCCUCGCUUCGUUCGACAUUUCCAGAUCGGUUGCUUGGGAUUCCUGUACUAUUUGCGCCAGUACACGACUUGUCAACGGUCAACCAAACCCCCCGGGCAACUCGAGACAUUCACCUAGGACACACGCCAGGAUACCUAACCGAGAGUUCGUUCAGUGAGACAUAGGCCGCAAUCAUGGAUGUCGAGGACAAAGCCUCCGUCCCCGACCGCAAACAGCGUAAAUCAGUCGCCUUCACAGACGAGCAAGUAGUCGUCGACGCCGACGGAUCAGUCACAAUGGUCAACGCCACCGAGGAACCCAAGGAGACAGCCCAGUCGCACACGCCUCGUACGCCGCCGCUUGCUGCAGCCCUUGAAGCCUUACAUGCUGAUGCCAAUUCUCAAGCUGGAGCCGAAGAUGCGACGGCCUCCGCCCCCGAAGCCGCUGUCGAGGAUGGCGGUCUCGACCUGUCAAUGAAGAAAAAGAAGAAGAAGAAGGUCGUCAAGGAAGGUGACGAUGCCGCCGAGGACGCCCCCGCUGGCGAGGACGGCGGCGUGGACCUGACCAUGAAGAAAAAGAAGAAGAAGAAGAAGGCCACCGGGGACGCCGAGGAUGACGAGUUCGCCGCCAAGCUUAAGGCUCUGGAUCUCGAGGGUAACCAGGAGGGCGGUGAGGCCGCUGAGGAAAUUGCCGAUGACGGCGACAUGGACGCUGGCACCGGUGUCUGGCAGCACGACGAGACCAAGGCCCUGGGCUACCCCCUGCUCCUGGACCGCUUCUUCCACCAGCUCUCCCAGAAGAACCCCGACCACGCCCUCAGCGGCUCCAAGAGCUACAAGAUCCCUCCCCCGCAGUGCAUGCGUGAAGGCAACAAGAAGACCAUCUUUGCCAACAUUGCUGAGAUCUGCAAGCGCAUGAAGAGAACCGAGGAGCACGUCACCGCCUACCUCUUCUCCGAGUUGGGUACUAGCGGUUCCGUCGACGGUAGCAGACGCCUGGUUAUCAAGGGUCGUUUCCAACAGAAGCAGCUCGAGAACGUGCUGCGCAAGUACAUUAUCGAGUACGUUACCUGCAAGACCUGCAAAUCCGCCGACACCGAGCUGUCCAAGGGAGAGAACCGUCUGUACUUCAUCACCUGCAACUCUUGCGGCUCGAGACGUUCCGUUACUGCUAUCAAGACCGGUUUCUCCGCCCAGAUCGGCAAGAGAAGAAAGAUGCAGGGCUAAAGAACCACGAAAAAAUGAAACUACACAACCCCACGGACGACAAGCAAGAAAAGAGUUGGAGAGGGAAUUUUCUUCUACGCUAUUUACGUCCUUUAGCGUGUUCUUGUCUCGUAGAUAUGACCUUUGCUGGGCCCAGCAGUGCGCGGCGCAGCAAAUCUAGGGCUGUGAUGCUCCCCGGGGUAGUCAGUGAUGGAUGGCACAAUAGAGAACAGAUGGCGUUUUCACCCCAAAAGUUUGACGGAAGCCCGGACAGUAAUGUCAAAUCACUAUUUCCUCACUUGCAGUCUGUGGAUCUGAACGCCUUCCUUCCUUCCUUUUCUUUUUUUAUUUUAUAAAAAAUGAAAGGGGUGUCUUGCACCAGCAACGUGUGCUGUGAUGUGUUGGGCGCUACGUUUUCGAGCUUGCGUGUGC